AUGGUUUCCAUAACCCGGUACUACUUCAACCUUGUGACUAGGCAGUGCACAACAUUCCAGUACAAUGGUUGCAAAGGUAAUCAGAACAACUUUGCGAACAAAGAGCAGUGUCAAGACUUCUGUUUGAGUGCAGGUUGCGAGGCUGGAGAGAUCGUCAUCAAGGAGCCUGGAACAUCGCGUCCUCUUUACUGUGACAUCGAAAUGAAGAACAGCUGCCCUAGCACUGCGCAGUGUCGUUUCAAUAAUCUUCUAUCGACAUCAGUCUGUUGCGGAUUUCAAGCAACAGGUAUGCCACUUUCUUGGUUUUUCUGAAG